UCAGGCGGCCGUUCAGCAUCUGUGUGUGAGCGGAUCAGAGUUGAACCCAUUGCAGGAAACAGCAGCAGGCUGAGCGCCGCUGUCAACGAACGCCUCCAGUACCGGACCACUGACUCCUAAAUUUGAGUCUCCAGUAUUCAGUCUGUAGCAGAUUCAGACUCAGCCCUCGGCGGGGACAUGCCGGAACCCGAGGGGAAUCGUCGGUCACCGCAAGGUGUCCCAUACACCGACCUGGCGCACAUCGUCAACGCCGACGGACUGCACUUGUUCUGCCGUUACUGGGAGCCAGACAGUCCUCCGAAGGCUCUGGUGUUUGUUGCCCAUGGAGCAGGAGAGCACUGUGGGGGAUAUGCUGACAUUGCUCACAGCCUGACCCAGCAUGGCAUUCUGGUGUUCGCCCAUGAUCACGUUGGUCAUGGCCAGAGUGAAGGUGAGAGAAUGGAUAUCAAAAACUUCCAGAUAUACAUCAGAGACGUCCUCCAGCACAUUGACAUUAUGAAGGGCCGGUACCCCAAGCUGCCAGUCUUCAUCAUUGGACACUCAAUGGGAGGGGCCAUUUCCAUUCUGACCACCUGUGAGAGGCCGCAGGAUUUUGCAGGUGUGGUUCUCAUAGGCCCCAUGGUUCAAAUGAAUGCUGAAUCUGCUACACCCUUCAAGGUUUUCGUGGCAAAAAUUCUAAACCGCUUGACUCCCAAUCUCUCUCUUGGUGCGAUCGAGUCAAAAUGGGUCUCAAGGGAUCCCAAACAGGUGGAGGCAUAUGACACAGAUAAACUAAAUUAUCACGGAGGCCUGCGCAUUGCAUUCGGAAUGCAGCUGAUGGAAGCAGCAGCUCGAAUUGAGAGAGAAUUACCCAACAUCACAUGGCCCUUCUACAUUCUCCAUGGCGAUGCCGACAAGCUUUGUGACAUCAGAGGUGCUCAUCUAAUGUAUAAUGAGGCCAAGAGCACUGAUAAAAAACUGAAGGUAUAUGAAGAAGCCUACCAUGCCCUACAUCAUGACUUACCUGAAACUAUUGAGUCUGUCUUAAAGGAGGUGAGCACCUGGAUCCUGGAGAGACUCCCUGCCCCUCAUGUGUCUUAGCUGUCAAUCACCGCAUGCACACUUGCCUAAGCCCCACCCCUGACCGAAUCUUUCAUCUGUUCAUCUAUACUGACAAUGAGAUGUCUGAUUGCACUACAUGCCAACAACACCACCUUCACUUUAAUCUACCUAGGUGAUAACAUAGAUAUGUCUAGGUAGAUGCACUAGUAGCGGCUGUAUCUAUGGGCCGUCCUCCAUAUAUAAGCCUGUAUGUCUGAAACAGUAGUUAUACGCAUGUAUGAAAAUCUAUAUCUACAAUAGACUUCAGCAGACGGUUUUGCUAAACUAACACAAUACAACAAGACAAAGCUGACAUUUAAAAUGGUAAUAUAGUUUAAAAACCUGUAAUGUUGAGUGCAUACAAACCAACACAUUCUUAUAUGUGAAAGUUUAUCCAGUUUCUUUAGGAAUUUAAAUUUAAAUUUAGGUGGUUUUUAUAUCUAGAGGAUGCUUAAUGAAACUUCACCAUUCCAGGAUGGCAGAGGCAUCUACUUGCUUUGAGUGGUCGAAUGUGGUGUCUACCUUUAUAUAUCUAUUGGUAAUAAGAGGUCAUUAGUAAAUUACCUUUGACCUAGAGAUCCAAUCAAGCUUUAAUAUGGCCAGUAAGGGUUCUGUGGGAGUUUAUAUUCCCUGUUAUACCUUCAAAGGCAUCAGCACUGCGGGGUAUGGCUUGUGCAUUAACCUAGCAAUCAUCAUGAGUAAUAUAAUGCACCCGGCAGCCCUCAGUGCUGAGCUCUCUUUUGAGUUGCCAGAGUAAUAGAACAGCUGCAGUUUGCGCUUUGUGAUGUCCACUGCUCAUAAGAGAUGUAGUACUGCCCCCGCUGGACAACAGCAGUACUGCAUUCUGCUGUGAGCGCAGUUACCAAGGCAACUCAACCUUAUAUUGCUUGUGGCUUGGCAGAGAAACAAACUGUACCUACAGAAUGAGAAUAUGGUAAUUCUUUGAGACAUUCAGAGAGCAAAAUGUCUGCUGGGCAAAUGUAACAUUGCACUCGAAGAGAUCAAAUAGAUGAUCUCUACAGACACAUCUAUGCAGGAGAUCCCACAGAUUCCCAUAUAUACACAAUAUAUAUCCACACGUUUUUUUUUUUUUUUUUGUGGUUUGACUGUUUCAAACACCUCAGACUGUUCCAUUCCUUGGAGUAAGUGGGGAAGUAGCUGUUCUGCAGCUUGAUUGAUUUCAUAUGAUUCUUUCUUAUGGGCUUUGGAAUUGUAAUACCUUAUUCCUUUAUUUUUACAAGCAUUUCGUUACUUUGACUACUUUAUUAUUAAUAAAUAUGUUACUGUUGAAAUUAUAAGAUGUUCACAUUAGCUUUUGACCUCGUUGUAGCUCAAUGAGGUUUGUAGCUCAAAAAUAACAGGAAAUUGUAAAAGGACAGUCGUUCACACCAGCUUAACAUUUAACGUGACUGUUUUGAUUCAGACAAAAGAAGGAUUUGUUACAGAGAUUUGUCUGUAAUCCUCAAAGGCAUUUUAUCAAUGAAUGUAGAUCAAUGAAGGUUUUAUUGAAUGUGGCACGUGGCAAUGGAAGCAAGCAACGAGCAAAAACGUUAUCUAUUAUUACAUGUUUUAUUACUAACUGAUCUAAAUCAAUCA